AGUUUUAAAACGAAAAUCGCUUUCGCUAUGUUUGUCAGCCGAAACAAACAAAAAUAUAUACUCAUAGUUGCUAUAAUAACUCGAAAAUAAGAUUUAAAUCACGAAAUAUAAUCAAUCGCAUGUUUUAAAAGCAUUAUAUAAAUAAGUACUUGAUCGAUAUGCCUGCUGCGCACUUCAGGGUCCUCAAAGGCUGUCUUCAGACAGAUGUUACACGAUCUGUUGCUCUCAUUUAAGUCACAGCAGCUGUCAAAACUGCUGCCAACUACACAAAAGCAUGAUGACAUCAGUAUUUUGGUCUUUGUCCACGUGGAAGCACAUUUGGACAGGAAGCCAAGAUGAUGCAUUUAGUGACAGUUGGUCAAACGCGCCUCUAUGUAAAGACACCAAAUGGUUAACAUGGGGUUCGGGACUCUCCCCCUCAAUAUGUGACAUCACCGCUGGACAAAGCAACAAGGAGUGGUUAGUGGAGAAGGCACCGUCCCAAAUCAAUGGAACACACCCGCACACUUUUUGGGAAUCCGUCACAAAAGCUCCUGAAGGCAACAUCGACUGUACUGGAAAGACAAAACCACAACUGGACUUUUUACACUUUCUUUUUUCAUUGUACUCACCUUAAGAUGCGUUACGUCUGAAGAACUUGUCCUGCCAUCCGAAUCCACACGGGGGGAAGCCAUGCUGUCUCUGCUGCUGUCCGCCAUGCUGGCCAUUCAAGCUUACGCCUUGAUGGACGUGCGUGUUCCCGACCAGCCCGUGGUGGCGCUCUACGGCCGGGACGCCACCCUCAACUGCUCCUUCGAUGCCGCCGGCCCCUUCAACGAAUCGGAUCUGACGGUCUUCUGGCAACUGACUGAAACGAAGCGCAGCGUGUACGGCUACAGCGAGGGACACGAUCAGCUCGUUGAACAGUUCUACAGCUUCGUCAACCGUACCAGUCUCUUCCCCGCCGAGCUGCGUCUGGGCAACGCUUCCCUGCUGCUGAGAAAAGUGGCGGUGGCGGACGAAGGCAGCUACACGUGCUUUGUCAGGGUGCGGGACUACGGCAGCGCCGCUAUGAUUCUGCAGGUGGCCGCCCCUUACUCCAAGCCUGUGGUGACCUUGGAGUCAGCAUCUAACCGUCGGCCCGGCGAUAAGGUGGCUCUGACCUGCGAGGCCUACGGAGGCUACCCAGAAGCUGACGUGAUAUGGCAGGAUGGGAGUGGCCGCAACCUGACGGACAACAUCACCACGACGGUGGUGGCCAACGACAAAGGGCUGUUCUCUCUGACGAGCGUGUUGACGGUGGUGCUGGAGCCCAACAGCACGUACAGCUGCCGACUCAUCAACCCUUUGCUGGGGGAGGAGGGGAACACCUUUGUCACAAUCACAGGUCAAAACAUCUCCUUCCCUCCGGUGGCGCUAUGGGUGACAAUCGGCCUUGCUGUGUGCCUGUUGGUCCUGCUCGUCGCGCUGGCCGCCGUCUGUCGCAGGAAGAUCAAGGAGAGCUGCGAGGAAGCCAGGAGAGAAGCUGAAGAGGCCAAGGAGCUGGAAGAAGACGAGUCAAAGACAGCCAUGACGCCUCUGAGGAGCUAAGGCCAAGAGAACAGGGGAGUCGCAGCUGGACGGCCGAGGUUGGAGAUGAGUCUGGCGGCUAAAUCCCACACCAACACCUACGGAAUCCAUCAACCUGGCUGGCUAUUUCCAGCGUCCUCUGCAGACUGUCAAGGCGCUCACCUGAGCCCGAGAUGAGUCCAUCAUCAUCUUUGUGAGACGCUCCCACGAGUGUCCAUCAAAACACAUCAUGCGCCAUUAUGUACUCCCUUGCCCUCCCCGUCCUUUUUUGUCUGUCUCAACGGAAGACGACGAGUGAAUGUGUUUCGAUGGGUCCUAUUCAAUACGCUAUGCAAAUGAGGGAAAAAACUUUUUUUUUUUUUUACGUCAAGAGAUUUUUUUUUUUUUGGUUUUAAACUUGAAGAGCGACCCUUUGCUCGUUUCAAUCAUCAUCGCCGCCAGACACAAGCCGCUAUCCGCCAUUAGUCCCCACACUUGCUAAUUAGCGUCUGUCGCCAGGGUAACUGGUAUCCGUCAGUGUCUGCUCCCCCUUUGCUAUCCUCGUGGAAACUGGAGGCGAUUGUAAUUGAAUGCCAGCUAAGCUCCGACAAACUGCAAAUGGUGCAUAGGACACACCCUCACGGCCUUAUACGCAUUGUUUUUAAUGACUGCUUGUUUUGUAGGACCUUGAUCUUCUCAGCGUCAACCAGAUGUUUUUUUUUAUUGCUUUACAGGUACCACAAGGUCCACGUACGAAUGCCAAAAGAUUGUGCCUACUUUGUAUUAAAGGGACACAAUGAAGCCAAUUGGUCAUUUGUUAUUGUGUAUUCUAACCACUACUAACACUUUAAUUAAACCCUGUUUUCUUUUCCUGCAGGAUUAACACAGUACUCAUCUUUGCAGUGGAACCCAUUCUGUUCUGGGAUGUUAUUCGACCUGAUUUAGAAAUAAUCAGUUCCAGUGUCAAACCAUCGCCGUCGUAAACCAUUGAAGUUAAAGCGAAAUAGCUACCUUGCAUAAGUAGCAGGAGGAAAAAAAGCCACCCUUGCACCAUCCACGCAGAGUUUCUCACAAGCAUGGAGGCGCGCCCAUGUGAGUGCAGCCCGGGGCUGAUCACCUUGAUUGGACUCUCCCAAAUGUCACCUGGAGGAGGAGGAGGGGAGGGUUAACUGGGUAGUUGUUGGGUAAAUGUAGUUAAAUGUAAUGUAGUGCUUAAAAUGUAUACAGAAAGUGAAGCUUAAGUGUGGUAAUAUUGAAUGGCUUUUGUAACAUGAAAGAAGGGCGUUGUAAAUGUAAAUAUGGUACCUUUUAGACCAGUGGUCUCAAACAUGCGGCCCGCGGGCCAAAUGUGGCCCGCAUGAUACUAGUUUGAGGCCCCCGCCUUGAUAUGAAAGUUUAAUGUUAGUGCGGCCCUCGCAAGUUUGAUAUGGAUGCUGUAUGGUAUCAUGUACCCAGAAAAAAAUAUUAUGUUUGAUUAAUGUUCAUGUUAAAGGUUAAAUAACUGUUAAUAGUUAUCCUCCCUAUCCGUGUGGAAGUGGUAAGUUUUGGGCUUUUUAAGUUUAAAGGAAAUAACUUAAAGGCUACCGUUUAGAUCGCGAGCUCUCUAGUUUGCGAGUUAGCAUGUGUGUCAAGACCCUGCAG